AUGGCUACUCGCGCUUUCUUGGCGGCCGUCUGCCUUGCACUAUUCACCGUCUCCGACGCGCAAGAAGCUCAUGGUUGCGGCGCGACGCUCCCCCUAACUGUCGACCUUGGUUAUGCUCUGUAUCGAGGUGUGGAGGAUACGUCCAAUGGACUGAAGGUCUGGAAAGGUAUCCAAUUCGCAGCCCCUCCCACAGGAAAGCUGAGAUGGCAGGCACCGCGCGUGCCAGAGACCAACAGGACUGCCGUCCGGUCCGCCGCGGAAUUUGGACCCGUCUGCCCCAUGCAGUUCCCAGCUCCUUCGCCGCCAUAUUUUGCUCUAGGCAACGAGGACUGCUUGUACCUGAACGUAUACGCGCCGAGCAAGACGGCAGGUGCGGCUAACGGAAAGACUAGAGGGCCUGCUGCCGAAACCGCUGCCCUGCCCGUCUAUGUCUUUAUCCACGGCGGCGGCUACGGCCUUGGAGAUGGCAGGAUGCCAAUGGAGGCCUUGAUGGCUGCCAAUGGGAACAGUUUUAUUGCUGUGACGAUACAGUACAGAAUUGGUGCUUUUGGCUUUGCAGCAUCUCCAGAGAUCAAGGCCAAGGGCGUCCUCAACGCAGGACUUUUGGACCAGGAGUUUGCGCUGAAGUGGGUGCAGCGCCACAUACAAAAGUUUGGCGGCGACCCGAGGCGCGUCACCAUCGGUGGUCAGUCUGCGGGCGGCGGGAGCGUCAUGCUUCUGGCCGUUGCGCGGGACGGGGCGCUGCGCGAGCAACUUUUCACCAAUCUCAUUCCGGUGUCGCCAUACCUCCCUACGCAGCCUCGCUUCGAUGAUAAAGUCAUUGUUGAGCGCUACAAAGCCUUUGCCAAGUUAGCGGGGUGCCCGGUUCAUGGCCCUGCGUCAUUUGACUGCCUGGUGGCAGCGGAUACGUUGACUCUGCAGUAUGCGAGCUCGAACCUGACCGUGGGCAGCUUGGUUCCCUACCUAAACUGGGCCAACAUCCCUGUAACUGAUGGAGAAUACCUCACCGCACCUGCAAGCCAGCUUCUGUUAAGAAAGAAGCUCAACGGCAGAAGGCUACUCGCUGGGAACAACGCCAACGAGGGAUACCUUUUCGUACCGAGAGACAUCAACACAGAAGAUCGCCUCCGCGCGUACAUUAAGCGUUACUUUGUGAACCUCUCUGAAAAGCAGGUGACCGCCGUGCUCGAAGCGUACCCCAGCGUCUCGGGCCCAGACGACCCAAACAGCCCUCGGUUCGAAACCGACGGCUUUGGUCCCGCCACGGCUGUCAACGUCAGCCAGGCAGGCACUGGACAUCAGCAGCGCGCCUAUAACAUAUACGCCGAGGCUACAUUUGUGUGCCCUGCCUACUGGCUUGCUGAUGCAUUCAGCUCCGGCUCCGGGCGUGAGAGCUACAGGUACCAAUUCUCGACUCCCUGUGCGACCCAUGGUCGAGACAAUGCGGCAGUCUACGGACCAGACCACCCUAGCCACAGUCCCGAAUUCAGGCUUGCUUUCCGCCGCAUAUUUGGAAACUUCAUCCUUAAAGGAAACCCAUCCAUCGCCACCAGCGUAGCCAGCGGCGCAUCUUCGUCGAACCCAGAUGCGUUCAAUAACGCCAUCAAAUGGCCACGGUGGAACGUCGGGUACCAGCCUAUGCUCAACCUGAACCAGACGGGCGGAGUGCCGUACUCGGCCGAGGUCUACGGCGCCACCGUGACCGAGUUUACCGGACCGACCUUGCGGAACGCCUUCAAACUCGUCGACGCUUAUUCCUGGGAGGGCGGAAGGGGCAAGAGGUGCAAAUUUUGGCAGACACUCAACCCUGUGAUUCCCCAAUAG